AUGGCCUGCAGCAGCAGCAAUCAGAGUAAUGCAGAACCUCUGGAGGGGUUUCAUGAAGUCAAUCUGGCUUCACCCACCACUCCUGACCUUCAGAACCAAGCUGAGCAGAGACCUCCUGUCCGUCACAGCACUCCUCCAACCUCUCUGUACCGCACGCACUCUCUUGGAGCGCCCCCUUCUGGCCUCCCCACCUCUCUGCGAGCAGAUCAGCUCCCCACGCAGCCAAUUUACUCAACACCACGUCACAAUGGAAGUGUUCCCGGUCUGGAGGCAGACUCUGCAGAUGGAGAGGAGAAUGAGGAGUGUAGUGCUCUGAGUGACAGUCUCGCUCGGCUACACAGCCCCUCUGUGAUGGAAGUCAGAGAGAAAGGAUAUGAAAGGUUAAAGGAGGAACUAGCAAAAGCCCAAAGGGAGCUGCUGUUGAAGGAUGAGGAGUGUGAAAGAUUGUCUAAAGUCAGAGAUCAGCUUGGCCAGGAGCUGGAGGAGCUCACCGCCAGCCUCUUCCAGGAGGCCCACAAGAUGGUCAGAGAAGCAAAUGUUAAACAGGCCAAUGCUGAAAAGCAAUUGAAAGAAGCUUUGGGCAAGAUUGACGUUCUCCAGGCUGAGGUGCAGGCGCUGAAGACCCUGGUGCUCUCCUCUCCCACCUCUCCUGUGGGGGAGCUGCCCCCGAGCGGGGUGAAGACUCCGUUCAGAAAGGGACACAGCAGAAACAAGAGCACCUCCUCUGCCAUGAUGGGCACGCAGCCGGACCCUUCAGCAACACAGCCGAUAGUCCGAGAAUGUCGAGAGGUGGACAGUCAAUUGUUCAAUGAAUUCAAACUGUGGAAGGAGGAGCCAACACUGGACCGACACUGCAACUUUUUGGAAAGAAUUUACCGUGAGGACAUCUACCCAUGUCUCACUUUCAACAAGAGUGAGGUUUGUCCCAUCACCUUUUUAGAAUAUUAA